AGACAAGAGAUAGGUGAAAAUAAAGGUGGUGUAAGGAUACGUGUAUGUUUUGAAGUAGUGUCAGCCCAUCAAUAAUAAGAUCACUCAAAUCAGCAAUGCUGUUGGAACCAAAGCUGGAUUAAGUUGGAACUGGGCCUUCUUCAUUCUUCUGUUCUGCUGCCACAAUCUCAGCCAUAGGUCACAGAUUGUUACACUACAAAAACCCUGUUACAAAGAAGAACAACCGAGAAGAACCAUCAUCACUCAAUUAAGGAUGUUGGAAGGCAAAGCUUUGGUGAAAGAAACAGACAUGUCACCCAAGAUGCAGAUCCAUGCCAUGGCCGCUGCUUCUCAUGCCCUUGAUCUCUACGAUGUUUCUGAUUGCAUUUCUGUUGCUGCCCAUAUCAAGAAGGAAUUUGAUAGUGUGUAUGGGAAUGGAUGGCAAUGCGUGGUGGGAUCGAAUUUUGGGUGCUAUUUCACCCAUUCAUCGGGGACUUUCAUCUAUUUUGCUCUGGAGACUCUUAAUUUUCUUAUCUUUAAGGGGACAUCUUCUUGAUUUAUGCUAUGUACAAUCUGAGAUAGAAUCCUGGGUUUGGUUAUGAGAGAAGGAAUAGGUUUUUGAUUCUUCAUCUGGUUAUGGUUCCAUGCAGUAGCAGAAUAUUUGAGAUGCGAGAGCAUGGAACAAACUAUGUAUGGAUGACUCAUGACAUGUCUCCAUCAUCUGGCCUCUCAAAUCGACCAUUUCGAUCACUCUGGAUUCUCCUAUGUAAAUGCAUGUAUCGCUCCAACUAUGAUUAAAAUGCUGUCUCUGCUUUAUGUAAAACAAACAGAAAUAAAACUGUCUCAGCUUUAUUAUUU